CUCAGCGCUGCCACCCACCACACUGCUUCAGUAUAAAGGCUGCGGUCCAUCCUCAGCCUCCGCUCUCUGGAUACACAACACACAGCCUCUGACCAGACAAACCGUGAGAAGAGAAAAAGAAGAUGACUGACCUCGAGACCUCCAUGGUGACCAUGAUCGCAGUGUUUCGCAAGUAUUCGGAGAGAGAAGGAGACAAACACAAACUGAAGAAGAGCGAGCUGAAGGACCUGCUUCACGACGAGCUGCCGGAUCUGAUGACGCAUGUGAAAGACCAGGCCGAGCUGGACAGCCUGAUGGAGAGCCUUGACACCGACGGAGACUCCGAAUGCAACUUCCAGGAGUUCAUGACUUUCGUCUCCAUGGUUACCGUCUGUUGCCACGAGUUUUUCGAGCAUGAAGACGAGUAAUGAGGCGGUGACCUUGGACGGGGAUGAAAGGGGAGCUUAAGUAAAUUGUACAAAAAAAAAAAAGCAGAAGCCCGGCAACGCAGAGCCUUCUCGAUU